AUGGCCUCUACUCCCUCCAUGUCAAAGGAGAAACUAUCGAGCACUCCUCAGCAUGGAAGAACCGAGGACCAGCGCCAAGUUCUCAAAGUCGGCGGGACUGCGCUUCUCGCACUUAGCUUCCAGACAUUAGGCAAGCACUUGUUGCGUAUCAUUUACUCUGAUAUUGGUACUUCUCCCCUCUACGUAUUGAAUGGCAUAUGGCCAUCCUCUGGUCCUCUCCCGAGUCAGGAGGAUAUCAUUGGUGGCAUUAGCGCUAUAAUAUGGUCUCUGACGCUCCUCCCGAUGCUGAAAUACGUUGGCUUCGCGUUAUCGUUUGGUACCAAGGAAGGAGAAGGUGGCACAUUCGCUCUCUACCACGGACUAUUUCCUCCAAAUUUUGUCUCUGACGAGGAGGAUCGCUCAUUGACCCACGACAGCAAUUACAAAUCUAAAAGCAGCGCUCCCGGUACACCAAGCACCUUUUCAACUGACAGGCUAGGAAAGAGCAGCUGGCUUCGCUGGGCUUUGCUUCCAUGGACUUUGUUUGGCACCGCCCUCUGCCUAGCUGACGGAGUUUUCACCCCAGCCGUGUCGGUUACCUCUGCGGUUGGCGGAAUUGCGGUCGCGAAGAGCGAUGUCUCCUCCAAAGUGGUGCCUAUUUCAAUCGCUUUCCUUAUCAUUCUUUUUCUCCCUCAGCGAUUCGGUACGACCACUAUUAGUCGUGUAUUUGCUCCAGUCACUAUGGGUUGGUUUCUGUUGCUGGGAAUAACCGGUAUAAUGAACAUUGUUCACUACCCCGGUGUAUUCCGUGCAUUCGAUCCUAGCCGUGCUGUGCUUCUAUUUGUGCGCACCAAGAACUACGAUAUGUUGGCUGGCGUGCUGCUAGCAGUGACUGGAUGUGAGGCCUUGUUUGCAAAUCUGGGACAAUUUAACGCAACCUCUAUUAGGCUGUCUUUUAUAUUUGUUACUUAUCCUGCGCUCGUGCUGGCGUAUCUUGGACAAGGUGCCCGCCUCAUCGCUGACGGAGAAGAGGUCUUCAGCAAUGUUUUCUAUAAGACCAUUCCUGGCCCGACAGGAGGUCCCUUGUAUUGGAUCAUGUUCCUGUUUGCCAUUCUUGCUACGUUGAUAGCAUCUCAGGCGAUGAUCACUGCUGCAUUCAGCUUGACUCAGCAACUUAUCAAUCUUCGCAGCUUCCCUCCUUUAUUAAUGAAGUACACAUCCGAAACAAUUCAGGGACAAGUCUAUGUUCCUGCGGUCAACUGGGCUCUCGGGAUUGGAUGUAUCAUUGUCGUUGCGGCAUUCAAGGACCUUGCUGCCUUAACGAAUGCUUAUGGAUUUGCAGUGUCCACUGUCAUGUUUAUUACAACUACUUUGAUCACUCUCCAAAUCCCACUCGUUAAGCGCAUUCCAGUUGUAUUUGGAGUUGCGUUCCUUUUAUUUUUCGGCUUUAUUGAUGGUCUUUUCUGGGGAGCGUCUCUAAAAAAGAUUCCCCAUGGUGCCUGGGUCCCUCUCAUGAUUGGAUGCGCACUGAUGGCAAUAAUGUGGUUCUGGACUUGGGCCAAAGGACUUGAGGAUGAGUUCGACGGCGCCAAUAGACGCAACCUCCGUCACUUCAUCAUGAUUGAUUCCAUUGGUCCCGAUGAGAAGUUUUCUCCUGCCGUCAUUUCUACCUACUCCCAAACGAAUACUGUGAACGAAGAAAUCACCUCCGCUGACGACCAACCCGCAAUGGAAGAUGAUCUCGAGAAUGAGAAGCUGGGCUUGUACCUGUUGACCGACAGGCAAGAUAGAAGACUCCUUCCUCGCGUUGAGACCGCUGCAGUUUUUCACAAACUCUCUGCGGGAAAGGGUGUUCCUCAUGCAUUUUAUGCUUUCCUGCGGCAGUGGCCAGCUCUUCCUCGCGUUGUUAUUUUCCUCUCAGUUCGAAUUAUGCCUACUGCUCGUGUUCCGGCCGAAGACCGUUACGUCGUCACUCGCGUCCGGUCACUCCCUGGGUUCUAUGGCGUAACUUAUUUUAAAGGAUUCCGCGAUGAUUUCCAAGUGAACAUCGACGAUGUUAUCGAGAAAUUAUACGUUCUCGAACUUCGCGCUGCUGGACCAGGCCCUGCUCAAGCCCUCAAGACCGCGAGCAAAAUUACGACGCAUAUAGUGCCAAGCUAUUAUGUUGUCAGUCGUCCUGUCGGCGCAGGAUUUUUGUCCCCCGUCGUUGAUUGGAUACGUGCUAUGCUUGUGGAAGGAGUCUAUCGUCGCAUGUCUACUAUGUUCCCUGAGACUGCUAACUGGUUAGGAUCAGCGGACGAGAUUAUUCGCGUUGGCGUUAAUGCAGUCAUCUAA